AUGGUCGACAGUGAUGGGACAAAAUUGGUAAUAAUCAACAACACUGAAGCGACUGUAGUACAACAAAACCCACAGACUGAAAUUAUUCGAACAGAAAGUGGAGCAAUGUCUGCUGUGUUUUUUGGUAAUUCAUUGGUCACAUGCGACGGAGAAGGUAAUUUUUCAGUAAUUUCAAAACAUGAAACGAAAUGUUAUAGUUUCAACGAAAGUGGAUUUGGGGUGUCUAUGAAAGUCAUUGGAGAUUAUAUUGCUGUUGGAAACCCCAAGAAUGGGAGUGUGGUGUUUUUAAACAGUUCAUUUGAUGUUGCACAAACGUUAAUAAGUAAAUCAUUCACAUCAUCGCAAAUGUAUGGAAUCAGGUUGGCAUCUUCGGGGAGCAUCCUUGUUGUUGGGACGCAAACGGGGACUGUUGACAUUGUUGGCAACAUCAAUGGUGAGUUUGUAAUUCGAGCAACACUAUCCCCAAAAGAGAGUGACAUAGGAGAUAAUUAUGGGUGUAGUUUGGCUGUUUUUGGUGACUUAAUUGCGGUUGGUUCUUCGAUGGGGAAUGAAUACAAGGGGAUCGUUUAUGUCUACAAAUACACAACAGAAGGAGUUAUUCUUGUCCACAUUCUUAAACAACCAUUCUCCUCUGUUGACUGGUUUUCGUCAAAAUUUGGAGAGUCGUUGUUGUUCUUUGGCGACAGGUUAUUUGUGGGUUCGCCUGAUUUUUCUGUUGUUGGAGUUGUUGGGGUUGGGAUUGUUACUUCGUUUUCUCUUUCAAAUGCAAACUAUAUGAAACUGGAUGAAAUGUACAUUCCAAACAAAAGGCAGCUCUCACUUUUUGGUCGCCUCUUGGCGCCAUUUGGGAAAAGGUUUGCCGUUGUUGCCAGGGGUGGGUUGUGUACUUUUCCGCUAAAAGCGUCGACAGCUCAAAUUGUUAUCAAAAUUGGUUUGGAACACGUUAAAAACACGACAGAAGCAGCGCAGCAAAUAUCUUUCAACAUCAUCGCGGUUUUGGGUAUCGAAAAGGAGAGGAUGACUUUUUCACUAAAAAACCAAACGCUGACUGUGAAAAUCAGAGAAGAGAACUUAAUGAGCCAAACCAUUACUACAAAAAUCGCUUAUCUCAUUGACACACUUUUUUCUCCAACUUAUCACGGUGCUCCGGCCUCCCUCCGCUCUAAAAUGCAAAUGACUUUCUCCUCGCCAGUCUCGGUCGACUUUGUCCAACCCAGUUUUGCACCCACAAACUUUCUUUUUGUGUUCGUUGUAUCAAUACUAUUAUUAUUUUAA